UUCUUUUCCUUUCUCAUUUGUACGGCCGCCAAAAGAUACCUUCGCUGCGAAAGAUCGGAAGAAGGGGAAAAACAUGGGGAUUCCACCUACCACCUCCCCGUCAGCCUCUUCAUCCACCGCGAACGGCGGUGGAGAGAUCAUGCUUUUCGGAGUCAGAGUGGUGGUUGAUUCCAUGAGGAAGAGUGUUAGUAUGAACAAUCUUUCUCAGUACGAACAGCCUCAUGAAUCGAACAAGGACGGAAACAAGAACAACGAAGAUCAAGGCGAUGAUAACCUCAACGCCGGUUACGCCUCCGCCGAUGACGCCGCUCCUCACACCACCUGGUUUCGCGAGCGCAAACGAGGAGUUCCGUGGACGGAGGAGGAGCACAAGCUGUUUCUGGUAGGACUGCAAAAAGUAGGUAAAGGAGAUUGGAGAGGGAUUUCUAGAAACUUCGUGAAGACUCGUACGCCGACGCAAGUGGCGAGCCACGCUCAGAAAUAUUUUCUCCGGCGAAGCAAUCUCAACCGCCGCCGUCGUAGAUCUAGCCUUUUCGAUAUAACAACCGAUACGGUACAAGCAAUUCCAAUGGAAGAAGAGCGAGUUGAUCGGCAAGAGAACACAAAUCAACCACCUGAGACCAAUGUAUUCCCCAUGAUGCCGGCUGCUUUUCCGAUGGCUUUUAAUCCUUUACUUCCUCCAGUUCCGGCCGAGAAUCCGGUCGAAAAUCUCUCCAUAGCACAGGGGAAUCAAUCAAAUAACAAUGCUGCAACAGCAAACCUUAACAGUCGGGUUCGAGCUCUUCAGAGAUCUGAUCUUAACAUGAGCUUGAAUCCGGCUUCCGAGCCGUUAUCGUUGUCACUCGAGCUGUCUUUGCAAUCUGAUCAAAUGGAUUCAUCACCUUCAGCCUUGAGGCAUUAUCCGUUUCAGGUGAUGCCGAACUUUAGCAACGGAGAUAGCAAUAACAUCAUCAGUGUUGCUUAAGAAUGACAUUGAAUUACAAUAAGCAAAGCCGGGAAAGCUUAGCGGGGAAAAUAAAGAACAAGGUAAAAAAUUAGGUAACUGGUUUUCGAAUCACUUAGUUUUUUAUGUAUAGACUAAAAACAGAACAGAACUGCCAUGUCUCUUGUCUUGUUGUUCUCUUUUGCUACUUAUGUUGAAUUAUUGUUCAUUUAGUUUUUGAUCCGCUAGCUGAUAUAUUAAUAACAAGAUUAACUGAAAAUAACAAGUGCU